AUGGCAUCCAUCCACAGGUCCUCGUCGAUCUCUUCCUUCGACUCGACCGCCUCGACCACCUCCUACGCCUCGUCCUCGUGGAGUUCCAACGACGUCAUCGCCUCCGACUCGUGCCGUUGUUCUCGCAAGAGCUCGUCCUCCCCGAUCCACUCCCUCCCUUUCGAACUGGUCCACUACAUCAUCGACCUGACCCUCCCUUCGGACCACUCGAGUCGAACCAGCGCUCUCCUCUCCUACACGCUCGUCUCGCGCCUCUUUCUCCUGCCUUCGCAAUCGCUGCUCAACGCCUCGAUCAAGCUCUCCACUUCGUCCGCUGCGAAUCGGUGGCUAUCCUCGAAACGACCUUCGAACACGUCCUCAAGCCAUUCGAUCACCCACGCCUUGGCCAUGUCGGGUAUCGUCGCCGGCCAUGGGAUAAGUGCCAACACGGCGAGGACAUGCUUGCUCAAGGCCGAACGGGUCUCGACCGUCGAGCUCUUCGAUUUCAAGUCGUUGCCCGUCAAGGCCUUGCAAGGACCUUCCCUUUCAAGUCAGUACAGGCGCCGCACUCCACUUGUCUCUUUCGCAGCUGAGCCUAUCAUCCUCCUCUCCCAGACCUCCACACCCUCUACCUCUCCACCUCCUUCGUGCCCCUCCCGCGCAACUCCUUCCCUUCCCUCCUCCGCGAACCCCUAUACCUCCCCUUCCGCUCAACACUGAGAACCCUCACUCUGUCCGGCACACCCUCGAUCCCCUCCCAACUCCUCUUCGCCCUCCUCCAAUGCCCCUACCUCACCUCGCUGACUCUUUCCCUCGUCCCUAGUUCAUCGUGUUACCCGAACCUGAUCGAGGCCCUCCCUUUGGCGCUGGGGAAUGGGUUGAAAGAGUUGGCGAUACACCAUCGGCCUGAUGAGCGCUUCUUACAAGACGCAUUUGGACCGAACUCCCCUCACGAGAGAGGAGCCUCCUCCCCCCUCGGCACAUCCAACCUAACCCACCUCUCCCUGCACCCUAAAGUACCCCUCGACGUCCUCCUCGAAAAGCUCUCCGCGAACCGCCAUACCCAUCUCCAACACUUCGACCUAACUAUAUCCUACAACGUUCAAGAGAUGAACGCCAUACUUCGUCAACACUUUCUCGUAGGCGGAGGGGGGAGUUUCCAUCGUCUGAAAACCUUGGUCCUUCGUGGAACCAGGGAGAGGGAAUGGGAUCGGUUUGCGAAAGAGGACGGGAGGUGGUUGACCCAGGUAGGGAGUGAGGAGCGCAGGUUCAAGGUCGAGUGGAUCCCCAUUUGA